CCAGACGUCUCCUCUCCGGAAAGGCAAAGACUGUAAUUAACACGUUUAUACAGUCAUCAUGAUUCACUGAAUAAAUAUUUUUAUUUUCCGUGGUCCGUAGUCAUUUAAAUUUUUCCUCUUCAUUUCCCUACCCGCCGAUCUCAGCUUCCUCUUUCUCCGGCGCCGCCUUGACCUCCGCUCCACGCGCCAUGGCGGCGACUACCAUUGCACGAUCCGCCGCUACUCAUCUCUCACUACCUUUCCCGACCAAGUCCUCGCCGUCCGACCCCUCACCCAAAGCCACACUCAAGCUCUUCCCCAAACGGCGUCGUUGCGCCUCCGUCGUCCUCGCCUCUCUUCACGGCGACGCAAACGGCAAAAUCCUCGGCGGCGCUCUGGAAUUGGAACACUCGCCGUUUGACGACGACGCAUCGAAAGACCUGCACACUCUUCCAAGACCUUUGUCUUCGACUUUCGUCUCGAAUUCGGUUUCGGAGGGCUCUCGGCUUCGUGUUGCUUAUCAGGGUGUUCGUGGAGCAUACAGUGAGUCAGCUGCUCAGAAGGCAUACCCAAAUUGCGAAGCGGUGCCUUGCGAACAAUUUGAUACUGCAUUCGAAGCUGUCGAACGGUGGCUUGUGGACAGAGCAGUUUUACCAAUUGAGAAUUCACUAGGUGGUAGCAUCCACAGAAAUUAUGACCUUUUACUCCGGCAUAGAUUACAUAUAGUAGGGGAAGUGAAACUUGCAGUUCGGCAUUGCUUACUAGCUAACCCUGGUCUGGAAAUUCAAGACCUAAAAAGGGUUCUUAGCCAUCCACAGGCUCUUGCUCAGUGUGAGCACACAUUAACCAGGUUUGGAUUAGUCAGAGAAGCAGUGGAUGAUACUGCUGGUGCAGCGAAGCAUGUUGCUUUCCACAAGCUGAAAGAUGCAGGAGCAGUGGCCAGCUCUACCGCUGCAGAAAUAUACGGUCUGAAUAUACUUGCAGAGGAUAUUCAGGAUGAUUCUGAUAAUGUCACUCGAUUUUUAAUCCUUGCAAGAGAACCUAUCAUUCCCGGGACAGAUAGGCCAUUCAAGACGAGUAUAGUUUUCUCACUAGAGGAAGGCCCUGGAGUCCUUUUCAAGGCACUCGCUGUGUUCGCAUUGCGUCAAAUCAAUCUUACAAAGAUUGAGAGCCGUCCUUUGCGGAAGCAACCCCUGCGAGCAUCAGAUGAUAGUAAUGGCGGAUGUCCAAAACCAAAAUACUUUGACUAUCUUUUCUAUGUGGAUUUUGAAACAUCGAUGGCUGAUCAGAAUGCACAGAAUGCCCUCAGACAUCUCAGGGAGUUCGCUACAUUCUUGCGGGUACUAGGGAGUUACCCAAUGGAUGCAAGCAUGCCAUGAUUGACCUACAAUUGGAUACAGGAUACAUAAAGGUAUCUUUAAUAUGGAUGAUUCGCCACAUUCUCUGUCUAUCGAAAUUGGCCGGAGUCAAGGAAAACUAUUCACAGCACAUGCUGUUCCAGUAGCUUGCUUUACCUUUUGGUUUGUAUGUCCUGCGCGCAAGUACAGUAGUUGGGUAAUAUCUUGUUAAUAGAAGCUGGCAGUUGGAUGCACUUCUGUAGUUCUCUCUGCUAUAUUUUCUUUAUUCAGUUAUUUUCCCCCUGUUCUUAAAGAUCUAGUCAAUUUUUUUCCUUCCAUUUUCAAAACUUAAAACUAAUACCGACUACUGAAGCUAUGCUGAAAACUCAGACACCAGUAAACUAAUGUGUGUGUGAAGUUAUUCCCCUGAUUAAUUUGGAGUAGCGAAAACAUUUAAAAUAUGUGCAAUGAAACAAUAAUUCAUUUGACCCAAAAAAAAAGAAAAAGGAACAAUAACCCAAUAGCAUAUAUAAGCCGAUCAUAAAUAAAACUUGCAUACAUGUCCUUCA